GGUACUUGGUCUGACAAGGCAUCCAAGGAAGCCAAGAAGUACAUGCACCAAGUGAACCUGGUUGCGCCUAAACCACAAACAUUCACCUCGAUUCCCGAUAGAGUUAAUUGGAAGCUCACAGAUGGCGCUGACUAUCUGUACUACUGCGCGAAUGAAACUGUUCACGGUGUCGAGUUCCAUGAAACACCGUUGUGUCCGGACGACGUCACUCUGGUCUCCGACAUGUCUUCAAACUUCUUGUCACGGCAAAUCGACGUGUCGAAGGUUGCCUGA